UCACUGUUUGAAAAUUGUCUCGUCUUGCAAAUAUUGACAAAGACAAUAUGAGUUUCUCUGUGUUGUUGACUUGUCCCUAGCUAGCUAGAUAACACAGCCGCAUCGAUUAGCAUAGGUAUGUAUUAGUUAGCUAGCUAACUUAGCCAAUUUAGCUAGUAAGCUAGCAAAGCUUGAUGAUGAACGGUUUUGACUGGCCUCUUCUUAAAAUGUGAUUUUAAACCUAAUCUUAAAUUAAUACCAAAAAUAUUUUUUUUGUUUUCAUGAAUUUUGACGAUGUAGACAAUUUUGACUUUGUGGCUGUGGUAACUAGUUGACACAGUUCUGACUAGGUGGAAGACAGCUACGACCGGAAGUUACUUUUUCGUAGUAGGUUAGAAUAAUUUACGCAGCAGGUUAAGAUUUCUAUGAUCCAGUUUAAAAAAAUUCUAGAAGAAAAAGACAACGGUGAAGGUCAACUGCUCCAUCAGGCAGUGUCCAACAAUGAUGACAGACUCCUUGAUGAACUGCUCUCUCAAGAAAAGUACAGAAAGUUCAUCAACUGUAGGAGCGGCUGGGGUAUCCCAAGAACACCUUUACGAAUGGCUGCAUCUAAAGGUCAUCUCAGGUGUCUGCAGGUUCUGCUGGCCCACGGAGCAGAGGUGGACUGUCUAGACGUGAAGGCUCAGACCCCACUUUUCACAGCUGUCUGUGGGAAAUACUUCAACUGUGUUUUAGCCCUCCUCAGGGCAGGUGCUAACCCCAAUGGCAGCUUGUAUAACAACUGCUCUCCGGUCCUGACUGCAGCCAGGGAAGGGGAUGUUGAGAUUUUGAAGCAACUUCUUAAACAUGGUGCUGAGGUCAACUCCAGAUCCAAAGUCUUGCUGUUUACAUCAAGUGCCAGUGUUUCUAGUGGUCCCCUCUAUCUGUCUGCUGUGUAUGGACACUUAGACUGCUUUAAGGUAUUGCUUCUCUAUGGGGCUGAUCCAAAUUACAACUGCACAGAUGCAAAACUACUGAGUAAAAUCAAGCAGCCUAAGACCGUGCUUGAAAUGUGCCUCAGACAUGGCUGUGGGGUGGAGUACAUCCAACUUUUGAUUGACUUUGGUGCAAAUGUCUACCUCCCCACUCUCAUCAUAGAAAAGUCCACAAAGCAGAAUGAGGCGGUGGAGCUGCUGCUGCAAGAAAGAGGUUUUCCCAAGUCCCUUGUAUCACAGUGCCGACUUGCCAUCCGAGCAUACCUCAGGAAGAUCAACAGAAUCCAGUCCAUUGACCAUUUGGAAAUGCCAUCAAGCAUGAUAAACUUCUUGCAAUAUAAAUCAGUCCCAGCAAUUGCUAUGCAUCUCUGAGAAAGCAUAUAUUGUCCCUAUGCUUUUGCUACAUGAAACAUGAUGCUUACUUUUUGCAAAACAUUUCAUAGUGAUGUUGAAAUAGUACACAUUUAUUGUCCUGCAUUUGAGAAUAGUUGUGUAAUGUUUAUUCUCAAUGUUUUCAAUAAAUGAUGCAAUCAUGUUUUUCAUUUUCUUGUUUUAUCCCUCUUCCGUAAUAUAUGUGGGAAUUGUUUUGUAAUACUGCAAUGUCAGCAUAAAAUACAAUGUACAGUAGAAAUGACAACCAUUAAAAUGUCUUGAACUAA